AUGUCCAAGCUCCUUGUCAUUUUCGGUGCUACUGGUCAGCAAGGCGGAUCUGUUGCCAACUACGUCCUCAAAGAUCCAGUUUUGUCCAAGGAAUUCAAGAUCCGUGCCGUCACACGCAAUCCUUCCAAGCCAGCUGCUCAGGCUCUGCAGAAGAAAGGUGUGGAGGUAAUUCAAGGUGACCUGGACGAUGAAAAUUCGGUCAAGAAUGCCGUCCAGGGAGCCCACACAAUCGUGUUGAUCACUGCGACCGUGUAUGAUGAGCGUCUCAAAGCCAGAGAGUUUGCAGAGUGCAAGAAUGUGGCAGAUGCAGCCGUAGCAACUGAAGCCCAGUAUAUGAUCUUCAGCACGUUAUACCGUGUCUCCAAAGUUUCUGGUGGCAAGUACAAACAUGCAGAGCAUUUCGAUGUCAAAGCUGAGGCUGAGGACUAUAUCCGUUCUUUACCGAUCAAGAGCGCCUUUUUUGUGCCCGGAUACUUUAUGCAGAACUUUUCAACGGUCUCACGCCCUCAUCCUAUGGGUGACGGUACCUAUGCCAUCAGCUGCAAUGUUUCGUCUCAAACCCGUUUGCCCUUAAUUGAUGCUGCCGAGGACUCGGGAAAGUUUAUUGGAGCGAUCUUGGCGGAUCCCAAGAAGUUUGAAGGCAAACAAGUGACGGCUGCGAGUGGGAUUUAUACGUUUGAUCAGGUAGCAGAAUUGAUCAGCAAAGCGACUGGCAAAUCUGUGAAGUACAACCAAUUGCCCCUGAACGUCUUCCAGGAACUUUUGCCUCCUCCUGUAUCCGCCCAGAUGAUAGAUAUGAUGCUCUAUAUCGAGGAGUUUGGUUACUAUGGUUCGAAAACACAGGAGCUUGUGAAGGAAGGUGCUGAGGGUGCACGUGGUAAGCUGAACACUUUUGAGGAAUUCCUCACCAAAAACCCUAUCCAACUCCAGUAG